AUGCGUUCCACACUUCGCGCAAACCGUCGUCUUCCUAUGAAGCCUCUCCCUCGGUUUCUUUCUACGACUACUUCUUCCAGCGCCUCCGCUACUUCAGCAGCCUCUUCCUCAUCUACACCAAAGCAGACGCCCAUCAAUUCGGUUCUUAUCGCCAACCGUGGUGAGAUUGCGAUUCGCAUCAAUCGAACAGCGGAGCGCCUAGGCAUUCGAGCUACUACCGUCUACACUGAUGUUGACGCUGGCUCGUGGCAUGCUUCUUCAGGAUUCCAAUCAUUGGGUCUCGGCCCCGCGAAUGCCUAUUUAGAUGGCGAGAAGAUUAUCGCUUUGGCAAAGAAGAAUGGCAUCCAGGCGCUCCAUCCCGGCUAUGGAUUCUUGUCCGAGAAUUCUAAGUUUGUAGAACGUUGCGAAGAGGAGGGCAUUGUGUUUGUUGGGCCACCCGCAACCGCUAUGGCCGAUAUGGGACACAAAGCUCGCAGCAAGGAGAUUAUGACAGCCGCCAACGUUCCCUGCGUUCCUGGUUACCAUGGCACAGACCAAGGCGAACAAGAGCUGCUCGAACACGCUAAGAAGGUCACAUUCCCUGUACUCCUCAAGAGUGUGCGAGGUGGAGGAGGCAAGGGAAUGAGAAUCGUUUUGAAAGAGGAAGAGUUCGUGACGCAGCUCAGGAGUGCCCGUGCAGAGGCCAAGGCCUCAUUUGGAGAGGGAGGCGAGGUGAUGUUGGUGGAAAAGUACAUCAUUCGUCCAAGACACGUUGAGGUGCAAGUCUUUGCCGACAAAUGGGGCAACACUGUCGCUCUAGGUGAGCGAGACUGCAGUAUUCAACGCCGACACCAGAAGAUCCUCGAAGAAUCACCAGCUCCUGAUCUUGACACAGCAACCCGUCAUGAUCUCUGGGAUAAGGCCCGAAAGGCAGCCUCAGCGGUCGGUUACGUCGGUGCUGGUACUGUUGAAUUUAUUCUCGAUAAGGACACCAACAAAUUCUACUUUAUGGAAAUGAACACUCGACUCCAGGUUGAGCAUCCUGUUACCGAAAUGGUAACUGGAUUGGACUUGGUUGAAUGGCAGUUUCGAAUCGCCGGCGGCGAGAAACUUCCUCUGUCUCAGGAAGAGGUGGAAGUCCAGAUGAACGAGAGAGGCGCCGCCAUUGAAGCACGAAUUUACGCUGAAAAUCCCGAGAAGGGCUUCAUUCCUGACUCGGGCAAGCUAGUGAGGGCCUACCUCCCUACUGAGUUGCAGAAUGAGGAUGUGCGUCUGGAUUGGGGUUUCCGUUCCGGCAACACCAUUUCCGAGGCCUACGACGGCAUGAUUGCUAAGCUUAUCGUACGAGGCGAUACAAGAGAGCGUGCUAUUGCAAAGAUGGAGAGCGUCUUACGAUCUUACGAGAUUGUCGGUGUUGCUACAAACAUCGAAUUCCUAAAGCGACUCUGUGAAAGCGAUGCCUUUGUGGCUGGCGAUGUGGAGACGGGCUUCAUCGACAAAUGGCGGGAACAGCUAUUUAAGCCCCGGCACAUAAAGAACGAAGUCGUCGCACAAGCAGCCCUUGGCAUGGUGAACUUUGAAGUUCAAAGUGCCGGGCCCCAGGGUCUCACACUUGGCUUUGGCGAGACCAACAACAUUGGUGAACGAAAGCUGUCUUUCAAGAUUCUCGAUGGAUACAGCCAGGAAGAGGGUGAAGUUGUAGAGGCCAGCGUGACACAGACAGGCCACAACCUAUAUGACGUUACCGUCUCCCGAAAAGGUGAUGAGACACCUGAGGUGUUCACGAAUAUUACCUGCCAACCAGAGCCUGAGGGCGAGGUUAUGAAGCUCGAGUCAUACUUCCCCCAGGAACGAAUUCAAUCUUCCAUCGUACCUCAACACACAGAUAACGACACCAAGGUUACUGUAUUCCAGCAUGGUGUGAAGACAGAUCUUGUCCUUUUGCCACCCAAAUGGUACGAGAAGGCUCUUGGCCUCAAGGAGUCAAGCGCCUCUGUUGCGGCGCCGAUGCCCUGCAAGAUCUUGAAGAACGAGGUUGUGGAGGGCCAAACUGUGCAAAAGGGGGCGCCUCUUGUGGUAAUCGAGUCAAUGAAGAUGGAGACUAUUAUUCGAUCACCGCAGGACGGUGUCAUUAAGAAACUCGCACACAAAGAAGGAGAUAUUUGCAAAGCAGGCACAGUGCUUGUGCAGUUCGAAGAGGCUGAAACAAAGGAGGAGGGAGACUCAUGA